AUGACACGUGCCUCAUUUCUUGCAGACCGUUCAUUCCUGGUAGCCAACAGCCGCAGCUGCUCGUCAACAGGCGCUGCCACAGCCACAGCCUCGCAAUGUCCCAUCAUCUACUGUUCGGACGGCUUCUGCCGUUUGACCGGAUACAGCAGAGCGGAAGUGAUGCAACGGCCGGCCACCUGCGACUUCCUGUGUGGUCCGCUCACCAGCCACCAGGCGGCGCAGGCCCUCCAGGAGGCGCUGCAGGAGGGCGUAGAGAGGCAUGCAGAGAUACUGUAUUACAGGAAGGACGGUGAGUAA